UAACGUUCAUUCGUAAAUGUUGUUACUUGAUGUUGUUGAAUUUUGCACAUGCUUUCAGUUUUGUUCGAAAAAAAAAAUUUCAUCUCGAAUUUCAUCUUCGAUGAAAGUUUUUGAAUGAAUUCAUUGUUUAAAUUAACAAAUUGGCUUUCGGUUAGCCAUUAUCAGAUAAGAAAAUUUGCUAAAAAAAAUAUGACUGAAAAAUUGAUUUGGGUUGAUUGUGAAAUGACCGGUUUAAAUGUUGAUCAUGAUCAAUUGCUUGAAAUAGCUUUAGUAAUUACUGAUGGUAAUUUUAAUAAGCUAGAUCAACUUGAUCCUAUUCAUAUUAAUGCUUCCAAACAGACACUAGAAUCAAUGAAUGAUUGGUGUCAAAAACAAUUUCGUAAUAAUGGUCUUUAUGAAGAAUGUUUACGAUCAAAUAUUCGUAUCGAAGAUGCUGAUUCGAUGUUGGAUGAAUUUAUGAAUAAAAAUAAAAUAAAACAAGGAAUUUUAGCUGGUAAUUCAAUAGCUGGUGAUCGACAAUUUCUUAAUAAAUAUUGUCCAAAAUUUGUUUCAUAUCUACAUUAUCGAAUGGUUGAUGUUUCAUCGAUAAAAGUUCUGGUUGAUAUGUGGUAUAAAGAUCGUCAAUUUUGGAAUGUAAGCACACCACAUCGUGCACUUGGUGAUAUUAAUAAAAGUAUCGAAGAACUUAAAUAUUAUAAAGAAAAAUAUUUUUUGAAAUUUUAAUCUAUUGCAACGAAAUAAUUAUUAAAAAAACACUUUAGAUUCCACA